CAGUGGCUGUUCCGGAGAGGCAGGCAGCGGGGCUCGGCUCUCAGACUGAAGCAGACAAAGGCAAGGGGAGAGACGGCGUGCCGCUAUCCUGCUGCAUCGACUCGCAACACUCACAUCCAGCUCCCCUCCCUCUCACACACACUCACACAUACACACACCCUUCCUUCCUUCACUCCGGCUGCGACGCAGGCUCUCCAGAACUGAUCCACCAACGUCACAUCAUUCACAACUACCACAGCCAUCAUGGAGCUGGACUUUGGGCAUUUUGACGAGAGGGACAAGGCAUCCCGUACCCCUCGUGGUGGACGGAUGAAUGGACUCCCCAGCCCCACGCACAGUGCGCACUGCAGUUUCUACCGAACACGUACCCUGCAGGCUCUCACCAACGAGAAGAAGGCCAAGAAGGUGCGCUUCUACCGCAACGGUGAUCGAUACUUCAAGGGCAUUGUGUACGCCGUGGCCAACGACCGGUUUCGCACCUUCGAUUCUCUCCUGGCCGACCUUACACGCUCCCUGUCUGACCACAUCAAUUUGCCGCAGGGGGUCCGCUUUAUCUUCACCAUUGACGGAUCACAAAAGAUCACAUCUUUGGACGAGCUGGAGGAAGGGGAAAGCUAUGUUUGUGCAUCGGAGAACCUGUACAAGAAAGUCGAUUACACAAAGAACGUCAAUCCCAACUGGUCUGUGAAUGUGAAAGCCUCAGCAAGCCAGAAGAACAUGCAGUCCUUGGCUGCCAAGGCCGCCGGUGAGUCCAGAGAGGGCAAAGACUUCAUCCGGCCCAAGCUUGUCACGGUGAUGCGCAGCGGCGUAAAGCCGCGCAAGGCCGUCCGUGUCCUGCUCAACAAGAAGACGGCGCACUCUUUCGAGCAGGUGCUCACCGACAUCACGGAGGCCAUCAAGCUUGAAAGCGGAGUGGUCAAGAGGAUCUACACUCUUGACGGCAAGCAGGUUACCUGCCUUCAAGACUUCUUUGGGGAUGAUGAUGUUUUCAUUGCCUGUGGACCAGAGAAAUUUCGCUACGCACAGGAUGACUUCUCACUGGAUGAGAACGAAUGCAGGCUGAUGAAGGGAGCCAAAGCCCAGCGUGGUUCUGUAAAGAGUCCCGGUCCGAUCAAGCGCUGCAAGUCUCCUGCUGAUUCGACCAACGGGACCGGCUCCAGCAGCCAAAUCUCCACCCCGAUAUCCAAGCAUUCCCCCACCUCUACCCCCACCAGUCCAGGCUUGAACAACAAGCAGAAGGAUCUCUACCUGCCCUUAUCUCUGGAAGAUGAGGACUCUCUUGGCGAAUCGAUGUAGACUUUCUUCCUGCAGCCAGCCUUAGCUUUGGCCUGAAACACAGAAGUUUUUUACAUCUGCUGCUUUCCCCCUUCACUCACAGUGCCACCUGUUGAGGAGAAACCACUUUGUCUCUCUUUUUUAGGGCCUUUGACACCAUUUGCUGCUUGAGAAUAACAAACUGUUGUUAAAAUCAGUCUUGUCAACUCACUAAUGUUCAAACAUGAUAACCACUUGUUCGCUGUUAUGUAUUUUAAUUGUGUGAAUAAACAAAAACUUUUUAAACAUGUUGAUAAGGGGUUGCACCUUUAGUUUUCACUUAGACUUCCAAGCAGCAAAUGGGAAUUUUCAGCCACAUGUUACACAACUUUUUUAUCCACUUUUAUCCACCAUUUUUGUGACUGUCCUCCUGUCCCUCCGUCCAACAGAUGAAGGUGUGAAUGUUAAUGAUUCCUUGUCGGAGGAGGGUCUGUUAAGCCAGAUAAGGGUCUUUCUAAACCUGCUGUAAAUACGGUGUACAGCCAUCCAUCCCCCAUAACCUCUCUGCUCAGUGUCCGUUGAUGUGCUUCCAUUAUGUCACUACAAUGUCUAACCUUCACUCAACAUGUAACAGGGUCACGCGGUCAAAGUAGAAGAAAAUUCAAGCGGGGAUAGUUGGGAUGCAGCCAUUCGUUUAAAGGGAUUUUUGUAAUAAAUCCUUGAAAGUAAAUAAAUAAAACAUAAUUUCACAACAGAACAAGCACCAAGACUCUUUACAAUGUUCAUUAAACAUAUUUGGCAUUCAUUUUGCCCAGUCAGACCGCAGGGGAAGAUGUAAAGGCAUCGCACCCUACACCUCCUAAUGUUGGUGUUUCAUCUGCUUUGACCCUUCACAUUGACAAUAGGCUAUAAGUGGUUCUUACCAUCUGUGUUUUCAUAAGAUGCAGUGCAUGAGGUUGUGAAACUUGUGUGAAACGUUUCUGUUAAAAAGCUGAUGUCUUUAUGUUUUAUUGAAGGACCUAAUGGUACAUAAAAACAACCAAAGCAAAAUCAAGUAGACCCAGAAUACACUUUGAUUGAAUACAGAGUUGAUUAAUUCCCCUUUAGGCCAGUUUAUCACCUCUUCUUUUUGAUUUGACCGCAACUAGUGGUGAUAUAAACAAUAAAUGGUGCCCUGUAAAAAUAUUAACAACACCUUCACUUUUUGUCAUGUUACAGCCACAAACUUCAGUGAUGUUAUAUAUUUCCCUAUUUUCAUUGCUCAGGAUAAAUUAGACUGAAUGGAGAGCAUCUGCGAGCAUCAAUUUUAAAGUCUUUCCAACAAUUUUAAAUUGGAUUUAUAUUUGACUUUGGCUGAGCCUUUCUAACAGAAAUGCUUUGAUCAACACCAGUCUAUCGUAGUUCAGGCUUUAUGCUGAGGGUUGUCCAUUUGGAAGGUGAACCUCUGCCCCAGUCUUUUGGAACCUAUAACAUGUUUCCUUCCAGUAUCGCCCUUUCUUAACUCUAUUCACUGUACGAUCAACUCUGACAAGCUUCCCUGCAUGCUGGAGCAAAGUACCCACACAUAAUGAUACCACCACCAUAUUUCUUGGGGGUGGGGGACUAUAAUGUAAUGUGCAGUUUUACGUAUCUGAUGUGUUGAUAGCACAGUUACGUUAGCACUGAGAUUAAAUUACACACAGGCAGACUCUAGUGUACUAAUUAGGUUACUCCUGGAACCAAUUGGUUGCAUUUGUUUUUAUUUAGAGGCAUCAGAGUAGCGGGUGCUGAAUACCACAUGCAUGCCACUCUUAAUUUAAUUUGUGAAGAUGUUGAAAACGAUCAGCUUAAAAUUCUUGUUAUAUAUUCCUUUCAUGUCACAGAUAUGCUAUAUUCAAUUCAAUUCAAAGAUACUUUAUUGAUCCCCGAGGGGAAAUUAGAAUAAUAUAUACAUAUACAAAAUAUAUAUGUAUACAAAAUAAAUAUUUUGUGGUUGUUAUGUGACAGAAUACAAAAAGGUUCACGCAGCAUAAAUGCUUUUGCCAGGCACCAUAGCUGGUGAAAUAAGUCUCAAAGCCAAAGUGUUAUUUUGACCCAAGAAUAAAUUGAAACAGGAGGAAAUGUAACUUUUUGAUAGUUGUGAAAUAUUCUGGAGCAAGCACAGAAGGAGUUUAUGCAUGUCACGUUUAAAACAUAAAGAAUAAAUCAUCUAAAGCAGUUAGUUGCAUUAUGGCGCUAAACAGUAGUGGGAUUUCUCCUCUUUUUGCAUGGCUUGGCAUAGUUCAGGGAUUCUGGGAGGGUGAUGAAAAUGUGUUUGUCCAAAUUUCAUGUGUGGGUUUAAAAUUUUUAUAAAUCUUGUUAAUUUAUGUGAAAAGUACCCGUGUAGGAUUCUUCAUAUCCUUAGUUUUUACUUGCUCUGAACAAGGUUUUCUACGCUUCUAUAUGCAGUUCUGUACCUCCAUAUUCCUAUUUUUGACGUUGUGACUUCUUAAGGUGUGUCCACUGAGAUGUGGCGAAGGGAAUUUUUCUUAGCAGGGAAUCAAGCCUGAGAAGCCUCUGAAUCGAAUGAGUGAAGCACAAAAGCAAGGAUCAACUAAUUGAUUAAGAAACAGAUUUUUUUCUGGCCAACCUUUCAAAAUGCCUAACCACCGAUUCACAAUAGUCAUAAAAUGCUGCACCUGUAGCGUCUUUUCAAUUAAGAACUAUGCAUUUGGAUUCAGGAGUUGCUAAAGUUGUUCUUGUUGGUAGAAAUUACCUUUUUAUUAAGACGUGUGAUGAGAAAGGAGCCUAAAGUAAUUAUCUUUUCUCAUCAGGUUAUUUCAUUGCGAUGAAUCGUCUGUCUGAAAGUCGUGCGUCUUUAGAUGUGAUGCUCCGUCUGUCUGCUUGAUGCGCUUUGAAUAACUUUUUGUCAGCCACUUGCUGAACACAAGCCAUCACAAUCUGGUGCUGUGAACUCCACCUUUCUCCUGCAGGGAGCGCUGUUAUGCCAGCACAACGGCUAAUAAUAGCAGCAGGGAUGCAUCCUUUUGACUACCAUUUUGUAAUCGCUGUCUCUCUAAUGGCCACUUCUGUUGAACCUCACACACUAAUAAUGUUCUUGUUUCCUUACAGCUUCUUACGUCUCUCAACAUCUUGAGCAGAAAAAUGAUGUUUGUCUUGAAUGAAGCGGCUGCCACCAUCAAAGAUGGUUGUGUGAUACAUCACCAUCAGUGGUGCCUUUUUUAGAUAACUGUCUUUUGAUAAAAAAGAAAUACACAAUAAAUGGGACGUGAAAGGCUUGUUCUUUAGCAGCUAUUUGUAAAACAUUUUUUUAAACGUCUUAAACAAGGCAUUCUAUCACACUUUGUUUUGUAGAGAUACAGGACACUUUAUCAUGGUGUAAAUACACGCCCUCUUUCAUAUGUAUGCCUUUGGGAUUGAAUAUUGUUUUCUUUCUCUCUCUCUAAAAUUUACACUGUCGUUUUUAGUGGUAUUUUGCAAUGUUACAGUGGCUUGUUUCAGUGCUUCAUUCAAUGUAUUAACUGGUAUCUUUUUGCAAAUAAAACAUUGGUAUUUCA